AAACCCAAGAUAUCAUCACUCUCCAAACCUGUACGGCUCUCUCCUGCUAGCAGCCAUGGAGCCUUUCAGCGGUAGUCUUGUCCAGACCUGAUUUGGGACGCACUCUUCAGGUCCCCAAUCAUGUCUCCCCCUGCUGCCAUCUCCCCUACUUCCCGCUCUGUUGAGCUUGCUACCUCUACUACCAAGCUCCCAGUCCAUGCGGUCAAGAACAUCAACACCAAGACCGUUGAGGAAAUGCUUGGCAACUGGGAUGACUUCAAGUUCGCCCCCAUCAGGGAGAGCCAGGUCUCCCGCGCCAUGACUCGUCGCUACUUCCAGGACCUGGACAACUACGCCGAGUCCGACAUUGUCAUCAUCGGCGCUGGAUCCUGCGGUCUGAGUGCCGCUUACAUCCUGGGCAAGAAGCGACCCGAUCUCAAGAUCGCCAUCAUCGAGGCUUCUGUGUCUCCUGGUGGCGGUGCUUGGCUCGGCGGACAGCUCUUCUCCGCCAUGAUCAUGCGCAAGCCCGCUGAUGCUUUCCUCCGUGAGGUUGGUGUUCCCUACGAGGACGAGGGCAACUAUGUGGUUGUCAAGCACGCUGCCCUCUUUACCUCUACCAUCAUGUCCAAGGUCCUUCAGAUGCCCAACAUCAAGCUCUUCAACGCCACUUGUGUUGAGGAUCUCAUCACUCGACCUUCAGACGAGGGCAUUCGCAUUGCUGGUGUUGUGACCAACUGGACUCUUGUCUCGAUGCACCACGAUGACCAGUCCUGCAUGGACCCCAACACCAUCAACGCUCCCUUGAUCAUCUCCACCACUGGCCACGAUGGCCCAAUGGGUGCUUUCUGCGUCAAGCGUCUUGUCAGCAUGCAGCGCAUUGAGAAGCUUGGUGGUAUGCGUGGUCUUGACAUGAAUCUCGCUGAGGAUGCCAUUGUCAAGGGUACUCGUGAGAUUGUCCCUGGUCUCAUUGUUGGUGGAAUGGAACUUUCUGAAGUCGACGGUGCUAACCGUAUGGGUCCUACCUUUGGUGCUAUGGCUCUGAGCGGCCUCAAGGCUGCCGAGGAAGCCCUCAAGAUCUUUGACACUCGCAAGAAGCAGAAUGAACAGUAAACGAGUCUGUAUCAAAGAAUCACGAAAAUGGAAAACGGACACAUCGAAUAAGGAUCCAUAACCUCGUCUCUCAUUCGAGUUGUGGAAACUUACCAUUCAUUUAAGUUAUUGCUGGCUUGCUCAAGCAUGAAGAAUACAUGAAUCAAGCUUGCAAGUCAUGAAGUCGUUUACAGUUAGACAAUACUGAAUAAAACAAGUCAUUGCUUUCU